UAGAAGAAGAAAAAUGCUUGUCUUGGCUCGACUUCUCUUGUGGGCUUUCUUGUUACGCAAUACACUGUCGGCUGUCUGCAAGACAUAAAGAAGGUUGUAUGUAAGAGUUCUUUAUUUUCGAUGGCAGCAAUGACCUUCUUGCGGGCAGAACUUUUUACCCAAUUAACUUGCAGAAUCCACGCACGCGCAUGAUUGGCAUAACAUACGUCAUCACUUCGAUUUUGGCAACUGUGCGACGUUCGGCACACUUUACCGCACCAAGUACAAAUCCUAUUCAUACCCGUCGUACCGUGACGAUGAAUUCAGUAGUUGUGUGAGAAAGUCGAUAAACUCACGGAAGUUUUGUCAAGAAAGAUUUAUAAAAGGAUUACUCCAUCGGGACAUAGACUGGAAAAGUCAUCACAAUUCUAUAGAUCUGUCUCUGCGUCGCGACUCUUUGAAAAUAGUUUUAUCACAUCCGGAUGAGCUUCACACCGAUUCACGACGAGCUUUCCAACCCGCCAGCCCCCGUUGCAAUCUCACCACGGUUACCCUAUUGCUCUGCAUGUGCUGAGCCUGGGUGGUAUAAUUCUUAAUUCGAAAGGAGAACGUUCGUAUGAAAGAAACAUCUUUGCUCAUUCUGACCUGGACAAUGGGAUGUGCGGAAUCUAUCAUAUCGAAUAUUGUUGCCAAGUCGAAUUCAAAUGGACAGAAAGUCAACAUAAAUCAAGCAAAUGGAAAGGUUCAACCAGCCCCACUACGAGGUGAAAGAGUUGGCAGAGAUGAAGCAAGAGAGAGAAGGAAGAAAGCUGUCAUGGAGAGGCAUGCCAAGAAACAAGUCAUGGCAAAGACAAUUUCUGAGAAUGCCAUGGCAGAGAAAGAACGUCUUUCAACCAGCACAUGGAUGUCUUGGAGGUCAUCAGGGGUGAACAGUGACAUCAUCUCGCCUGCUGUCUCCAUCUCAGUCCGAGGAUCGGAUGGCACAGCCAGUCCAGACCCGCUCCCCAACCCUGCCAUUGCCUACGUCAACUCAGAGGGUACCAACCCAUCAACUCAACCUGAAGAAGACAUCAAUGCAAAUCAUAUGCAAAUAAGGACUAUGGAAUUACCCAAUCAGGUGACAGAAGGACCUGACGAGCCAUCCAAUCAGAAUGGAGAACUCAUUGAUGAGAGAUUGAGCGAUAGUGGAGGAAAAGAAAGAGUGCAGAAAGAACAGAAUGGCACUCUCGGAGAUGGAAAUACAAGGAUGGAGGAGCAGAAAUCCUUGCAAGAGCCUUUCUUAAAUGGAAAUGGAUGUCAAGGAGGUGGUAGAAAGGAUGACAUUACUCCAUUAAUGGACGAUGGGAAGGACAAGACGGAGAAGGAGAAGAAGAGGAAGAUGAGAGGGAAACGGAAGGCUGUGAAAUUCACCGAUCAAGAUCUGGGAGAUGAGAAUCACGAGGACUGCAGUGGACAGAAAAUGAGUAAAGGGAGAUAG